UAGCACUUCUCCAGCUGCCUUCUUUCCUUCGCGAUCCCCUUCCGUUAAUUAACUACCUAUGUCUCCCUCGAGAAUGGUCCCGAACGGUAUCGCACAGGUAAAUGGCGUCUCGGUGAAGAAAGCAGUAUCGGUCAACGACCCGACAUAUCCGACGCUGCAUGAUGUGCCACCUCGGACUGAAUUCGCAUUCGACUCGAUGCAGGAUGCACUCACUGCGUUCAAGCGGGGCGAGUUCCUAGUGGUCAUGGAUGAUGAAACUAGAGAGAAUGAGGGAGAUCUGAUUAUAGCAGCGGAACACUGCUCGACGGAGAAACUAGCAUGGAUGAUCAAACACACCAGUGGGUAUAUUUGCAUAGCACUACCUGGUGAACGGUUGGACGAAUUGGACAUUCCUAUGAUGGUUUCUAACAACCAGGACCGAAAUAAGACUGCAUACACUGUUACUUGCGACUACAGGCAUGGUACAACGACAGGCAUCUCUGCGCACGAUCGCUCCCUCACCAUACGCAUGCUCAUCUCUCCAUCAGCAACGUCGUCUGACUUCUCUCGACCAGGGCACAUGGUACCCUUACGUGCACGACCAGGCGGCACGCUGACGCGGCAAGGACACACCGAAGCAAGCAUAGACUUAUGUCGGUUGACCGGAAAUUUUCCAGGGGGAGUGCUAUGCGAGAUUGUGAACGACGACGUUGUCGGUUCAAUGGCACGGCGCGACGACUGUCGGCGGUUUGCGGACCGCUGGGGUCUGCGAAUGAUUAGCGUGGAGAUGCUCGCUGCAUGGCGGAGAGCGCACGAGAGCUAGCAGUGCUGGAGAGUGAUUAUAUGCGUUCACAGCCUCAUGGAUAUCCUCGACUCCAUGCGUCAUUUACUUUUUCACAGGGCGAAAAUAACUUUCGUCUCAUCCUGCAUAUAGACGUUUUGUUAAUUUUUUCCGCGUACCUUUGGUUUCGCGGAUAAUGCAUAAAUGGCAAAUCGAGCGCAUAGAUGGACGUAUAGCUGAUUUGUCGUUGCGCGGAACUAAAA